AUGGUCUUGACUGGUAAUGACACUGAAGAAAUAGAGAAGCUACAGAAGUAUUUGGCCACCAUGUUUGAAAUGAAAGACCUCGGACAACUACAAUAUUUUCUCGGUAUUGAAGUGUCACGAUCAAAUCUGGGAAUUUCUCUAUGCCAACGAAAGUAUGUGCUGGAUUUGCUGACUAAAACUAGGAUGUUAACCUGCAAACUAGUUGAAACACCAAUGGAGAUGCACCAUUUGCUUGAAAUUUAUUUUGACCAAAGUCUGGUAGAUAUAGGUCGCUAUCAACGGAUAGUGGGAAAGUUGAUCUAUCUAACACACACUAGGCCAUAUAUUGCAUAUGUUGUGAGCAUGGUAAGGAAAUUUAUGCAUGCUCCAAAUGAAGAACACAUAAGAGCGGUCUAUCGAAUCUUGAAAUAUCUGAAAGAUGCACCUGGAAAAGGGUUGUUGUACUCAAAUAAUGAAGCCUCUACCAUUGAAGGUUACACCCACGUUGAUUGGGCAGGAGAUCGUUCAACCAAAAAAUCUACUUCAGGAUAUUUUAUGUUUGUAGAAGGCAAUCUUGUCAUCCGGAGAAGCAAGAAACAAAAGGUUGUUGCUCGGUCAAGUGCGGAAGUAGAGUUUCGAGAUUGCUCGAAACCAGUACAACAUGUUCGCACUAAACACGUCGAAAUUGACUGUCAUUUUAUCAAAGAGAAGAUGGAUCAAAAGAUUAUUCAGUUUCCAUUUGUCAAGUCAGAAGGACAACUUGCAGACAUCCUUACAAAAGCAGUCUCGUGA